AGCAGUUCUGCUCACUCAUGAUGCCCAGAUAUAUAUACCUGCGAAAACCAGCCUGUCUACACAAGAGCUGUUCUUCUAGUAGACAGGAUUCAAAACAGCAUCAUGGGACCUCAGGUGAUCUGUUCCACGUUAUUCCUAGCGUGCAUUUUUGGAGAUGUAAACAAGAUUGACACGACUGGAGCAUCUGAGGCAACAGCCCGCCAAGACAAGCUGACAGUGAAGGGGGUGCAAGCCUCAUACAAGUUGGCUGAGCAUGAUCUGAAGAGAAUGGACCAGUACAAGAGCAUCAUCAUCAAAGUGGGCAAUGCUAAACAGAUGGACCCAGCGGUGAUCGCAGCCAUCAUAUCCAGAGAGUCGAGGGCUGGAGCUGCUCUCGUGGACGGCUGGGGUGACCACGGCAAUGGCUUUGGACUCAUGCAGGUUGACAAGCGCCACCACAUUCCAAGGGGUGCCUGGAACAGUGAGCAGCACGUCACUCAGGGCACUGAGAUUUUGAUUGAUUCCAUCAAAGCAAUUCAACGGAAAUUCCCCAACUGGCCGAAGGAGCACCAGUUUAAAGGAGGAAUAUCAGCCUACAACGCUGGUGUUAGAAACGUUCGCACAUAUGAGAGGAUGGACAUCGGGACCACUGGCAAUGAUUACUCCAGUGAUGUGGUAGCCAGAGCUCAGUGGUAUAAACGCAAUGGCUACUGAGGAACGUGUACAUCCCACACAGCAAUAAACAGCCCAUAUAGUGCUGGAUAUCUAAUCUGCAGUCAAAUAAAUCUCUAUAUUGCAUUAA